AUGUUUUACGAAUUAAAGAAAGAACAUAUUGAUUUACAUUAUUAUUUAGCCUCAGAUGAUAAAGCAAAAGUCAAUGUUGGUAUACCUGUUAUAAGGCAUAUAUUCCAAAUAAUUCAAUCAAUUGCUAAACUUUUAGAAAUAGAAGAUUAUGAUUUUUCAAUUAUAAAUGGAGAAUCAGAUGAGAACCCACAAUAUCUUAAAAAUAUAUAUCAGUAUUGUCACUUAUUCAAAAAACUAGAUCUUAAUUAUAUAACUAUAUGUACUCACGCUUUAUAUCAAUCUGUAUUUAAUCCUGUUGAAAGAGCUAUGGCAACCUUAUCCAAAAAGUUAGCAGAAAUUUCUUUUCCUAUUGAUAAAUUUGACAAGUAUCUUGAUUUUCAAGAAAAAGUUGUUGAUCAAGAGCUUGGACUACAAAAUUUCUGA